UUCUUAUAUAUAUAUAUAUAUAAUAUACAUAUAAUUUAUAAUCUCUUUAAUCUUAUUUUACUUUUUCCCUUGAAUUCUCGUAUCAAAAAUGAAAUCAACAUAUUUAAUCAGUGUUGUUUUAUUUGUCACCCUUUUCCUUUCUGAUAUUAAUCACGCUACUGAAAAAAUAGAAUUUGGUUAUGUCGGUAGUUUAGGACCAGAUUUUUGGCAUAAACUUAGCGCUGAAAGCGCAAUUUGUGAGACGGGAACAAAACAAUCUCCAAUCGAUAUUACUCCAGAUGAUUUAAAAACUUUAGCUGAACCACCAUCCCCAAAAUUUGAUGAUGCCUGUGACGUUGAAUCAAUACAUAAUGGUAAUACGGUUGAAAUCUCUUCAGGAAAAGAAGAAGUUCCUUUACCUGCAGAAAUAACAAUUGAUGGGGAAAAAUAUGAAUUACAACAAUUUCAUUUUCAUACUCCUUCAGAACAUAGAAUUGGAGGUCGUCAUUUUGAAGUUGAACAACAUUUAGUAUUUAAAAGUGAAAGUGAAAAAAUUAGCGUUGUUGCUGUACUUUAUAACGUUGGUGAAAAAGCUUCAGCUUUUAUGGCUCCUAUUGUUAACAAUUUACCUGAAAAAGCUGGUAAUUCAACGAAGCUUGACAAAGUUGAACUCAAAAAAUUGUUGAAGGACGUUGAUGGUAUUACUAAAUCUUUUACUUAUUCAGGUAGUUUAACUACCCCACCUUGUACUGAAGGUGUUACUUGGUAUGUUAAUAAAGAACCUCAAUCAGUUUCCUUUCAACAAUUCAACAAAUUAAGAGAUGCUAUAGGAUUCAAUUCUCGAUUUACUCAAUUAAGAGAAGGUGAAAAUAAUCCAGAAAAUGAAUCGAUUGGAUUAGUUGAUACUUAUAAAGUGAAGAAGAGAUCUCUUUAUAGUCGUGGUUAUUUUAGAAAUUAAGAAUAAUUCUUGACGCCUGUCUUUCAUUUUAAUUUUUCUUUUUAUUUGUGGGGGGUACUAUUGGGGUUGUUUGAGAAAUUAGAUAUUUCUUGCUUGGGUUAUUUUAGUGGGAAAUUUUAGUGGGAACCAGAUAUUUAAUGUUACUCUUGACGAUUAUUUAUUAAUUCGUCUCGGGUUUUUCUUUCUUUCUUU